AUGCCCAAAUCCUUUAACCUACCCUUCCCUUCAUCAGGAGAAUUAAAUGGCACGCGGUCCCCUCCAGUAAAAAAGCCUGGCAAAGAAAGCAACUACCAGCACAUCAAGGAAAUGGCCGUAAAGCAGCAUCUCAGUAACAAGAGGACCAGGAUGUACAGCCCCCAGGAUGAUCCCAAAACACCUCACCCCAGACAGAGCCAGUGUCAACAGGAGCUGGACAGAGUUUUGGAGAACAUCUCCCGAAUGACGUUCCAUGACAACAAGGGACCUUUGGAAAAUCUUUAUGACCUGAAGUUCCCCAACUGUGACAAGACAGGACAGUACAACCUUAAACAGUGCAACAUGUCCAGCCACGGACAGAGGGGCGAGUGUUGGUGCGUCAACCCCUACACUGGUGUCCAGAUACCCUCGUCCCCCAAAGUGAGGGGGGACCCCAACUGCAGCCAGUACUACGGUGGUCCUGAGCUGGAACCGCCCACCAGCCAGCAGAAAUAGACGUACCCUCGCCCUUAAGGGAGA